AUGAGUGACAAAGAAGCCAAUGUGGAAGAAUUCAACACAGAUCCUAAGCUGUUCAUGAGAGCCAUGAGAGAUGAAUUUCUCAAACUCAAGUUGGAGCUAGAGGAGCUAAAAGCAUCCAAAGCAAGUAGUGGUGAUGAGGAGGUGAUUAGAUCUGGUUCUUCAUCCUCAAAGAAUAGGAGCAGUCCUAAAAAACGUGAUUUGGACACCUAUGACCCAAAGAUCAAGUACCCUACCUUCAAGGGUAAUAUAAAUCCAGAUGCAUACCUUGAUUGGGAGAUGAAGUUUGAGCAAAUCUUUAGGAUGAAUGACUGGCCAGAAGAAAAGAAGGUAAAAAUUGCUUCAUAUCAAUUUUCUGACUAUGCUAUUGUUUGGUGGGAAGAUUUACAGCUUAAAAGGCGCCUUAAGGGCAAAGGACCACCUCAUACAUGGUCAAAGCUAAAGAAACUCAUGCGCAACAAAUAUGUCCCUAGUUACUACUACCGAGAGCUAAACAGAAAGUUACGACUGUUUGGCCAAGGCUCUAUGACUGUAGAUGAAUAUGUGCAUGAACUUGACCUUCUUAAAAUGCGAGCUGGAGAUGCUUAUUUUUCUACUAACGAACUUAACCCCUCUUUGCCUUCUAGUGUUGUGGCUUUGUUGCAGGAAUUUGGUGACCUAUUCCCUGAUGAAGUUCCCGAUGGGCUUCCUCCCUUAAGAGGAAUUGAGCAUAGGAUUGAUUUCAUCCCUGGAGCUUCUAUACCUAAUAGACCAGCUUAUAGAGCCAAUCCCGAAGAAACUAAAGAGAUUCAACGCCAAGUUGAUGAACUCAUGAGGAAAGGCUUUGUAAGGGAAAGUUUGAGCCCAUGUGCUGUUCCAGUACUUCUAGUGCCCAAGAAAGAUGGUUCAUGGCGAAUGUGCAUUGAUUGUAGAGCCAUCAACAAAAUAACAGUUAAGUAUCGCUACCCCAUUCCUAGAUUAGAUGACAUGUUGGAUGAGUUGCAUGGUGCUACUUUAUUCUCUAAAAUUGACCUAAGGAGUGGUUAUCAUCAAAUUCGCAUGAAAGAGGGAGAUGAAUGGAAAACAGCAUUUAAAACUAAAUUUGGAUUGUAUGAAUGGUUAGUUAUGCCUUUUGGGUUAACUAAUGCACCUAGCACCUUCAUGAGCUUGAUGAAUCAUGUUUUUCGUUCAUUUAUUGGGAAGUUUGUGGUUGUCUACUUUGAUGAUAUUCUUGUCUAUAGUAAAACAAUAGAUGACCAUGUUAUU